GGGUAAUCUGGUUCAUUUUUGACUGAUCCCAGAAGGUAGACAAGGCCUGUGAAGACAGCAGUAAGAGGAAGUUUGGCCUUGAAUGGAUGUACUCUACCAGGGUUUGAGAUCUGCUGACCUGGAGACUCUUGUAAGUGUAUAACUCCAUCCCCUCAUCCCCAGCUCCAGACCUGAAAUGAUGGCUUAAAAAACAGCUUCAUUUAUUACCCUGAAGCACUCAGUGCUGAAGUGAUGAGCAUUAGAAAGAGUCUGUGAAGAAAUGGAAAAGCAGGAUGUUGGAGCAUGCUGACUGCAGGACAAGAUGAAGUUUCCGGCCACGUGACUUCAGCUUACAUCCCUGAGGUUCUGAGAAACCACAGGAGGCUGAGCCCUAAAGGGAAGGUGCAGAGGCUCUGAGAGGAGAGGCAGCGAAAGUGUCGUAGUGCUGAGCAGGAGGACAGAGUGCUUCUGGGACAGGUGAGAGCAGGGAGCCAAGGGCCACAUCAGAGGUGACAGAGGAGGACAGAGGAGAGGCAGAGAAGCAAGACAGAAAGCAGGCACACCAAGAGCACAAAGGAAGCUGAAGAGACCCUGGGAGGCAGAAACAGCAGCCAUGCCCCACAGCUCCGACAGCAGUGAUUCCAGCAGCUUCAGCCAGUCUCCCCCUCCCAGCAAGCAGGACUCUUCUGAUGACAUGAGGAAAGUCCAAAGGAGGGAGAAGAAUCGCAUUGCUGCCCAGAAGAGCCGCCUGAGGCAGACCCAGAAAGCAGACACGCUGCACUUGGAGAGUGAAGACUUGGAGAGACAGAAUGCUGCCCUGCGCCGGGAGAUCAAGCAGCUGACAGAGGAAAUGAAGCACUUCACCUCCAUGCUGAACUCCCAUGAACCACUCUGCUCCAUCCUGACAUCCCCUCCACCACCUCCAGAAGUGCUUUAUGCCACACACUCUUUUCACCAGCCCCACAUUAGCUCCCCACGCUUCCAGCACUGAGCCAGCCAGCAGGACAGCAGCCUGCCAGCUCCACUGAUGGCAAGAAGUAACUUCGUGGGGCUUGUUUUUCCAUCCAAGGGAAGGAAUUGGACAGAUGGACAUUCCUUCUUAAAGUAUGUAUUCUGAGUGAUUUGCCUAAGACUUGUUCCCUGUGCAGAAAUGGCAGAGUCACCAUGAGGCAUCUUUGGACAGUUUCCAGCUUGGAUUCUGGGAGGAGGAGGCAGUCACAAAAGGGCACCAACCCCUUUCUCUGGUCCUUGUUUGGGGAGAUUCACAGGAGUCUGCAGCACCAGCAGCCUCCAUAAGAGCAGCUGGCUGUGGCACACCACAGCCAGACCUUCAGGAAGAGGAAAGGGAGCAGGGUGGAGGGGAAGGUUGGGGGCCACAGAGUGUCAGGGCAAAACUGGUUUAUUUUUGUAAAAUAAA